AUGCCCCUUACGAAGGACUUCCUCCACCCAUCCCUGGAAGAGGCGAAGAGGAAGCACAAGAAGAAGAAGCACCUGGCACUGAGCCCCAGCUCCUGCUUCACAGGCAUGAAGUGCCCGGGAUCCGACAGAGUCACUAUCGUCUUGAGCCAUGUACAAACCGUAGUUUUGUGUGUUGGCUGCUCGACUGUCCUCUGCCAGUCCACGGGAGGAAAAGCGAGGCUUACAGAAGCAGGCUCCUCCAGACAGAUGCAGCACUAAAAGCACCCAAGACGGAGAGGAGUGGGAAAUGAUCCCCAUACACACAUUUUGGAUUUAAAAAAAUGUCGAGGCAUCAGGCGACC